ACAGCGUUGCUGCCAGUUCUUAUAUAUGAGGCUGAUUCCAGCAACAUACAAACAACUUGCGUGGAAGAAGUAGAAGCAGGAAAACAUAUGGUCUUGCCUGGCUCCAGCAGAUAUAUGAGCGCUUCGCAGCAGACAAAGCUCAAAAAAAAGGACUGCUCAUUGCUUGAAGAUAGCCAUAGUAGCCACCUAACAGAAGAAGUUCUAGUGUACUGCCAUAAACAUGAAAUAUCAUUAGGUACCUAUCCACUUCACAAUACUACACGCUGCAGCGGCUCGAUGUGGUGAUGUUCAAGCAUCUCAGCUCCCAUUCUACUGAUGACUUACCUGUGCAAGAUACGUGUACAAGCAUUCUUCGAGAGA